AUGCUCAGUUCGGUGUGUGUAUCCUCUUUCAAAGGGCGCAAGGGUGGGAACAAGUCGUCCAACAAAGCAUGUUACAGUGCAGACAUGACUUGUCCGUCGGAAAGCGAGAAAAUCGUGAUAAACUGCGGGGGGGUGCGGCAUGAGACCUACCGGAGCACCCUAAAAACGUUGCCCGGUACCCGCUUAUCGUGGCUCACCGAGCCGGACGCGUUCAGCAACUUCGACUACGACCCCAAAUUAGACGAGUUCUUCUUCGACCGCCACCCGUCAGUGUUUUCCUUCAUCCUCAACUAUUACCGCACCGGGAAGUUGCACUGUCCCAACGAUGUGUGCGGACCUCUGUUCGAAGAGGAGCUGGCCUUCUGGGGCAUCGAUGAGACGGACGUGGAGGCGUGUUGCUGGAUGAAUUACAGGCAGCACCGGGAUGCGGAGGAGGCGCUGGACAGCUUCGAGACUCCAGAACCGGACGCGCCGGACGACGACCCGGCUCUGGGCGGUGCGGAUGGGGACUUGAAAAGACUGUGCAUGCAGGAGGACGCGAGGAAAGCGGGCUGGUGGAAAACCUGGCAGCCCAGAAUAUGGGCACUGUUUGAAGACCCGUAUUCUUCCAAAUAUGCCCGGUAUGUGGCAUUUGGCUCCCUAUUCUUCAUCCUCAUCUCCAUCUCCACUUUCUGCAUGGAGACGCAUGAGGCCUUCAACACCAUCCUCAACAAGACAGAGAACGUAACGGUGGGCAACAUGACCCAUGAGGAGAUUGUGUACGAGGUGGUGACUGACAGCUGGUUGACAUACGUGGAGGGUGUGUGUGUCAUUUGGUUCACCAUUGAGGUCCUGCUGCGAGUCACCUUCUGCCCAGACAAGCUUGAAUUCUUCAAAAGCUCCCUCAACAUCAUCGACUUUGUCGCCAUCUUGCCCUUCUAUCUGGAGGUGGGCCUAAGUGGUCUGUCCUCCAAAGCUGCCAAGGAUGUCCUGGGAUUCCUCCGUGUUGUCAGAUUUGUCCGUAUCCUCCGAAUCUUCAAGCUGACCCGCCACUUUGUGGGUCUCCGUGUCCUUGGCCACACCCUUCGUGCCAGCACCAAUGAAUUCCUCCUGCUUAUCAUCUUCUUAGCCCUUGGUGUCCUCAUCUUUGCCACUAUGAUCUACUAUGCUGAACGAAUUGGCGCCGACCCAGAUGACCCAACUGCCAGUGCCCACACCAACUUUAAGAACAUUCCCAUUGGGUUUUGGUGGGCCGUUGUGACCAUGACCACGCUGGGCUAUGGAGAUAUGUACCCGGAGACAUGGUCAGGCAUGCUGGUAGGUGCGCUGUGUGCCUUGGCUGGUGUGCUGACCAUUGCUAUGCCUGUACCUGUAAUUGUCAACAACUUCGGCAUGUACUACUCUCUGGCAAUGGCCAAACAAAAGCUGCCCAAAAAGAAGAAUAAACAUAUCCCCCGAGCACCCCAACCAGGGUCCCCCAACUAUUGCAAGCCAGAUGCCCUGGCUAUGGCUACCGCAUCACCACAAAGGAUCUUGGGAAAUGUCCUAGGUGGAGUGAUGGGGUCUGGAGGCAUAGGGGGUGACUGUCCUCUCGCCCAAGAAGAAAUUAUAGAGAUUAACAGAGAUUCCAAGCAGAACGGUGAUGCAGCCUCAGCCGCCCUGGCUAAUGAGGACUGCCCCACCAUUGACCAGGUGCUGAGCCCGGACGAGAGGAGCCCUAUUGGGCGAGGGCCUACUCGGGAACGCUACCAGCAGGACCGCGCCUGCUUCCUGCUCAACACCAGGGAAUUCCGUGCCACAGAUGGGAAUGUGCGGAAAGAGGCAGCAGCGCUGGCACCCAGCCCAGACUCCCCUCUGACUGAGGAUUGGUAUAAGAUGGAAGGGUCUCUGUUACAGCAGGACCUCAAUGCAAACUCCACCUCCUCCUGGAUCAAACCAUAGGCCAGAGUGUUAAGUUUCUAGCAUUCGCCUUCUCUCUAAUGAGGAGACAGUAAGCGGUAAACACAAUUUUGCGGCAGGAGCCACGUAACGACAGGUGUGACACGGAUGAACUGUUUAAAGGAGAUCUUUGGGGUGACAAGAGAGAGACCAGAGGUUAAUCAUGAAUUUAAAAAAUCAUAUGGUCUGCUCCUCACGUUGUUACCAAAGCAGCCUCUUGGAACUCUGACCACAUUUUUUGACAACUGCCUGACUGACCUUUUUUUCCCUUUUUUUCGGCAAACUGACUGAGCAUUGCACUGACACACUUUGGGAGAGAAAAGGACUCCUGAUUACACAUUCCAGAUGACAUAUCUCUGACAACAUUAUACUCGCCAUCUUGUAUGAUGACCAACUCAGUACCAUGUACAGUGCUGAACAACUGAGCAACUUCACACGUUUCCGAAAAAUACCCACUUGUCUUCACAAAGGACUGAAUGAACAAUGUAGCAUCUCUGCUAACAUAUUGUAGCAUUUGUUGGCUGGGAAAUAACUUGACUUAAUCCAUCAACAGUUCAAAGAGAGAGGAAUUUAUGCAUUCAAAGGAUCUUUUAGAUGUCAUUUUCCUCUUGGGUUCCUUUCUAGUGAAGAAAAACAAAAAUAGAGUACAUGAGAGACAAAGGAUUCGUCUAACUCGUUAAGCAUGAAGGGACUACAAACUUUCAUUUUGCUGUACAACCUUGUGUUGUAUAAUGAUAAAUACAUGACCUUGAUCCUUGAAAACUCUUGACAUUCCAAAAAAAGCUGCACUAAAUACAAAUAGUGCGUAUGAAAUCGAUCACAAAUGCACAUUAUUUAACAUCCAUACUAUAGUCCCUCAUUGAAGUUUAGCACUUGUAUAGCGUGUUUGCCACUGAACCUAUGUCUUCCAUUCACUUCUAUCAGACUGAAACACUGCCCUCUUCACUCAAGUACUGAGAUUAUACAAAAACAACUAUGAAGUUGAACAAAUGAAGCACAUGUAGCAUCAGCUGGUCAUGUAUAGCAUUUACAGCACAUUUAGACUCACAUGAAACAUUCACCACAAGAAAAUGGUGGAAAAAGACUUUAUCUCUUUAUCUCUCAUGUACUGCCAUGGGCUUGCCCGAAAAUCCAUGUGGGAUACCAAAGGUCCUGUAGCAUGCACUUGCUGAAUGACCUUCUGUAAUGUACAGUAGAUUAGGAGAAAUAUUUCAUUUUGGAGGUUGGUUCUCACCCUUAUACUGCCCAUUGCAGAGUCAUUCCUCUGAGGGAGCUUAAACUGCCACUAGCAUCCCAUCCCUAUAUUCAUUUUUAAAUAUUACCAUGCCUGACUGACACAGUGAUCAGUCAUGAGGAGAAAAAAGACAAAACAAAAGUCCUACAGACAAUUGUCAGUCUUUCUUCAAUAUCAAGGGAUAUUGGCCUGCCUAAAUUUCAACGAAAAUGACAUUUCUACCACAAGGAGACUUUACGUCACAUUAAAAUGUCCAUUAGCUUGAAAUAUCUGUGUUAUCAUUUCACCAAUCAGAUAAAUGGUCCAACAAACACAAAGGCCGACACUGCCAAUUAGGCACAAGAAUCCCCAGACGCAUACUGCCCCAUCUCUCUCUUGUCCCUCUUGCUGCCAACGGCUGCUUCACAAGCAAGUCAAUGUCAAGAUAAGGAUGGCCCAUCAGGGGAUCCCUUAGGCAAAUUUAAAAAAGUGGGAAGAAAUGGACUAAGAGUAGAGCAAGUGUGGAAGUGUACAAAGAGAACAAAUCUAUAUUUUGAUAAACAAAUCAACUAUCCAUGGCUUCGGAGGAAGUUUCUGAGCAGAAAAGGUCCAGAAUGCAAGAAAGAAAAAAAAAAAAACCAGAUGCAAAUGUUAAUAGAAAAUUUGGCAUCAUGAAAUGGAGUCAAAGUCCUGGAAAAAGAUGGGAAGUCAAUAUUUUGUCAUGGGCAAAGUUGUUUUCCCCACAAGCACUGGGAACAUGUUUUUGAAAGACAAUGAGCGAUGACAGACUCUUGCCUAUAAAGACAUGGGGAUGACAAAGGAUGGACGCUGAGAUAAACAAAUGAAAAAAAAAAGAUAAUGCAUUUUGUAACUUUGUUUACCAGCAUGACUACUUUGCAUGACUGUCUUUUCUGCAAGCCCUUAGUUGAAGACAAGGGUGCUAGAGAUACAAAAAAGUAUAUAUAAAAUGAAUUUAAAAAAAUGUUAUAUGCAAUUAAUGUUUUAAAAAAGAUUAUAAUGAAAGAGAAGAGCUAUAUUUUGUUUUGAAAAGUAAAAAAAAUGUGAAUAUUGAAACAUGUAUGUUUGCAAAGUACACCCUGAACUAUGUUUUGUUUGAUGAAAUCUCUCUGCUACUACUGCCCUACAUUACUCAUUCCAGUGUUUACAACCACUGCCAUAUUUUUCCUUUGUUAUGCAUUGAACAGUAUAUUUUCUAAUCAUCCAGUCAACAGCAAUCAUUCAAGACUUUGCCAAACUAUAGAGUUUGCGCAAAGGAUGUUUGUUGUUAAUUACAGAGUCCACGUUUUCCUCCUUGAAUCAUUUGCACAACUACCGUAGCAGUAGCAACAACAGCAGCAGCAGUUAUAAAACAACAGCUCUCCAUACCACAUCUUUGACUGCUUGAUUAGUACUCAUAGUUUGCUUUUUUCCUUUGGCAAUAAUACAAGAGUUGUCACAUGAUUGUAGCAGGGCAAACGGAGAGCCUCAAGAGUAUCUUCAAACCCUCAGUGUUAAAGAGAUUCAUAUAAGGCCUUAGAUUGGCCCAUGGCAGGAUUUUGGCAGUUCUGUUCCACUAGUCCUAAAUAGAAAAUGUGAGUACAAGUGCAGGUUAUCCAAUAAAGACCAAUAACAGACUACGAAACUAUAUUGGCGAACAAUCAAGAGAGAUUUCAGGUUUGCAUGGAACCAACUGCCAUUCCAAAGUUUGCGUGUGGUUUAAAGGACUCAGGUGUGUUGGUGGUGUGUGUGGAUGUAGGUGUUUUGCUAUUUUCUUUCUAACAUAAUAAAUUCUAGUAUAUAGACAACGAUAAUGUGAACACCUCACAGUGAUGUGUAAAAAAACGCAUGCAUUAUGACUUGAUAAUAUCUCGAGGGGGAACGGAGUCUUGACAUAUCCCCUUAGCCUACUGUCAUUGUUUGUCAUGAACCCAGUCCUGAUAACUAUGAACACUGUGCCGUGUCGUAGAGCAGAAAAGUCUUCCUCCGAGAGGCAACUGAAAACUACUCACACUCACAGUGUCAGCAUGAGUGUGUAUAGGUAGCUCGUCUUUGUUUUUUUAAAUGGUCAGGUCUUUGCAUCCGUCAUUACUCGUGCAGUUACUGUCAUUCCUGCUGGCUAGUUGGCAGCUCAUUACAGCACACAACACAGUCAUGUGAGCACCAAUCAAAGAGACCCAGAGCUUCCAAAAUGAUGUCAGUGAAGUACUUUUAAGUGUUGCGAGAAAGAAAGGAUGAGAGAUACCAGUGUCCAUCAGGGGAGAUUGAUGUAAAAAAAUAAAAUAAAAUAAAAAACAUGUCUUGCUAAAAAAAAAAAGGAUUGUUGAGUGCUCUCCAAGCACCUCAACCUUGGUUUGAUAUUCUAAGUGAGUUUCACGCCCUGCUGGUCCAGGGUUCAGCUCAGGCAGCUGAAUGGUCCUCUUUCCAUAGUACACUGCAGUUGGAUGCUUACCAGAACAUGAGACUCAGUGGUGUGAUGUAGACUACAUAGACUAUUCAAGAACUUCUAUUUGCGAAAAUGGUCUGUGAGAUUUGUUUUGGUCCCUUAUCUUUUUAAAACUCCUGACUUCAGUUCCCGUUUUGGAAGGCAUUAAGCAACUUUGAUGGUCACAAAGACGUUUAUGAAUAAUUCAGAGGGAAACUUCGAGCAAUGGUGUGCACACUUGCAAGCACUUUGUGCUUCACCCAGCUGUUUCAGUUUUUUUUUUUUUUAACGUUGCCAAGUGUUGUCUUUUUCUUUCCUUGUUUUCCACUGUUAAGUUUGCCAUUUCUUCAUUUUCUACAUUGUGACUGCUCUGCCAAUACCAGGCUGAAAAUAUGAUGUCUUUCUUUUUCAAUUGCGUAAUACUGCCAUUUGAUUUAGUCAUGUUGAACAGAAUGAGUUACAAUGUUGGGAGUGCUAAGUCUGUUUUAUUUUCUCAAGUUAGCAAUCCAUUAUAAAAUGUUGGAGAUUUCCUGUGUAACACUCACAUAACCAAAAGAACAAAAACGCUUUACUUGGUAAGUAGAUGCCACUGUUAAAUGGCUACUAUGUAUUGUGACAAUAUUAUGACAUGUCCUCUCCAGGUGUUUGGAAGGUGUUAUGUGGUCUUUGGAUGACACAUCCUCUAUGAUAUCCUAUUCAUUUACUUUAGGUGUCUAUUUCUGUUGCAUAUGUUUUUUGUUUUUUUUAAUUGAGGACACUGUAUGCAAUCUGCACCACGAAUGCCACUGAUCGACACUUACUGUAUGCUCCCUGAGACACAGAUGUUCCGUCAUCAGUUAAGAUGAUUGCAACCACAUGUGUAGAGGCUUUAUGGUUUUCCAUAGAGUGACUUAGCAAUCACACUAAUCUAAAAAUAUUUUAUUUUACAAAGUGAUAAGACCAGAGUUGUUUUAGAGGAAAUGUUAUCAUACAUCAUAGAUUUUUCUAAUAUAUUUAAUAUCUUAUUUUAAUCAGAAAUAAUAUGACUAACACCACUAAAUCAUACCGAUAUACAUACAUCUAAUAUUACACUACAGACUAUCAUCAUGUAUUCACGUAAGCAUUCCAAAGAUAAAAGAUGUAUGUUCAUUUUACAUGCCAUCAAAUUAUAUAAAGCAGACUUAGGUACUAGUCCAUUGUACUACAGUCUUAGUAGGAGAGUGAAUGGGGAGAGGAGGUGGUCACUGGAGUAUCUGGUUGUGACUUAUGCCGGAUUUUAUUUUUGAAAUGUUGGAACACAAAGAACAACUCAUCAAGAACUGUACAAAGUAUAUUUCAAUGGAAUGUUCAUGAUCUAUCUUUUUAUAUUUUGAAGAAAAAAUAGAAACAUAUCAAUAAAGUGUCAUAAUUGAACAUAUUUCUACUAUUGAGACUUAAAAUGUAUGAAUGUCAAUGCGAUCUAAUGUGAACCAAUCUCCAUAGCAGCUUGAAUGAAUAACUGAUUAACAGUCAUGAGAUGCUUUUUCAGAGACAUUAAAAUUGCUUAAAAAUCAUUGAAAUGAACUUAAAAUAAAUGAAAAAAAAUGACA